GCAGACACAACACGCUGCGGCUCGUAGCGCAGAGAGGCUCUCUCAGGUCUCCUGUUGUGUUAAGACUCAUUGUGUUUGUUCAGCCUGUUUAUCCGGACGUGUAGCUCAGUGAAGCAGAAUAUAAUCAGCAGAAUAUUCGUCGAUUAGUUUACAAACAGGGACGGUCUUGUUUGCUAACUUUAGCUCACGUACAGGUGACAUAUUCUACAUUUCACACAAGUCAUGAAGGUGUUUUUCAGGAAGAUACACAGCAUCUUCCUGAGGAUUGUCCUGUUUCCGGGCACAUUUGGCCGGACUCGGGCCGCCGCCUCGGAGGUGCUGACCUGCCACCUGCUGCAGCGUCAGCUCCCUCCGUGGACCUCCUACUGUGUCCGCUACAGCUCCGUCCACAACGACCAGUUCGGACUGUCCAACUUUAAUUGGAGCGUCCAGGGAUCCAACUACCAGAUACUGCGAACAGGCUGCUUCCCCUUCAUAAAGUACCACUGCACCAAGGCGCCUGCGCAGAACCUGGACUAUGAGGACAGGUUUUUCACCGUGUUGAAGGUUCUUAAUUUGGGCAUCCCUUGUUUGGCCUAUGGCAUUGGUUGCUGGAUGGUAGUGGGAGCUGCAGAAACAGUGCAGACAAGUGCUGGACCUGUCACAGUCUAUUUUGCCUACAAAGAAGAUGAAGGCGCACAGUACUAAACCAUGAAUAAAUCUAUUUUUUGUGUAUUUUUUGAGACUCUUGUCUGCCAAGCUGCUGUACUUAAAACAGUUGAAAUGUUCUGCUGGACAUAUUGAUGAAGAGCCAUCUUAUGUCACUGGUGCUCUUAUUGUCUGACUGCACAGGUUCAUUUGUGUUUAAUUAUUUAAGAUUUAAAAGCAGCACAGAAGUCAGUAAUGCAUGUUAUUACACUGACACACAAUACUUACUGUGUUUGUUCAGAAAGCUAACUUUCCAUUAACAUUUAAUGAAAGGUUUAGGAUUUCUCGAAGAAUGGACUGUUUGACACUGCACUUUUUCAUGGAUGUUUCCAAAGCCAUGUUUGUGAACGUUGUAUUAGCCUCCAGUGCACAUGUCUUCAGAGUCGAUGCAUUGUAAAAGUAUAUAUUUUGCAACAAAUAUUA